UCUGUCCCGCCCAGGGAGCAGGUGUCUGCCUGUGUUUCCAUCCUGGAGAUGCUCCUGCAGGCCCUGGACCCGCUCUAUGUGAUCCAGAACCUCAGGGAAGAGCUUCAGAAAGGGCUCUUUCACUCCGACGACUCCGUGAAAAUCCUCACCAUAUCUCAGAUUGGGAGGAUUGUUGAAAAUUCAGAUGCUGUUACGGAAGUUCUCAACAGUCCUGAACUAUUACGGCAAAUAAUAAAUUGCAUUGGUGGAGAGAAAAUAGCAGUGGCUAAAGAGGCCAUCAAAUCUCUCUCAAGGAUAGCGCAGACACGAGAUGGCUUAGAGGCUUUAUUUGUGAGCAGUUUGUUGAGUGACUUGAAAAAUGUCAUGGCAACGAAUGAUACCGUUCGAUACAGAGUAUAUGAGUUAAUUGUUGAGAUUUCUUCGGUGUCAGCAGAUUCACUAAAUUACUGUGCAAACAGUGGAUUAAUAUCAGAGUUAAUUGGAGAGCUGACUGGAGAUGAUGUGCUGGUCAGAGCUACGUGUAUAGAGAUGGUGACCUCGCUGGCCCAUACUCCACAUGGGCGUCAGUAUCUUGCUCAACAAGGAGUUAUCGACAAAAUUUCAAACAUCAUCCUUGGUGCAGAGUCUGAUCCUUUCUCAGGCUUCUAUUUACCAGGAUUUGUAAAAUUUUUUGGGAAUCUGGCUGUUGUAGACAGUCCGCAGCAGAUCUGUGAACGAUACCCUGUCUUUAUGGAAAAAGUCUUUGAAAUGGCAGAAAGUCAUGAUCCAACCAUGAUUGGAGUGGCUGUGGACACACUAGGAAUCCUGGGAUCAAAUGUGGAAGGCAAACAGGUUUUGCAGAAAACUAGAAGUAGAUUUCAAAAUCUGUUAAACAGAAUAGGGCACCAGGCGAAGAAUGCCCCCACGGAGUUGCGACUUCGAUGCUUGGAUGCAAUUUCAUCUCUUCUUUACUUGCCUGCAGAGCAGCAGACAGAAGACCUUUUAAGAAUGACUGAAUCGUGGUUCGCGUCCUUGUCUAGCCAGCCGUUGGAACUCUUCAGGAGCAUCAGUACUCAGCCAUUCCCUGAUCUCCACUGUGGGGCCUUACGGGUGUUUACUGCUAUUGCAAGUCAACCAUGGGCCCAGAAGUUGAUGCUUGACAGUCCAGGGUUCGUGGAGUAUGUUGUAGACAGAUCUGUGGAGCCUGACAAAGCUUCGAAGGAUGCCAAAUAUGAACUGGUUAAAGCCCUCGUAAACUCUAAAACAAUCGCGGAAAUCUUUGGAAAUCAGUAUUACUUGAGGCUUAGGGCUUACUUGCGUGAAGGCCCUUAUUAUGUUAAGGCAGUGUCUACUACAGCUGUGGAAGGAGCGGAAUAA